UCUCUUUCUUUCUCUCUCUAUAAUUUAUUAAUUCAUUUUAUUAUUUUAUUAUUUAACUACGCGAAGGAGCGAGCGAUCUCUGUCACAGAAGAGAACGAUGGUGAUGCUUAGGGUUUCAUGAUUCACAUUGCGUUUGCGUGUUCCUUCUAGAAUUCAAUUCAGGUUUUCAAUUGGAUUUCUACUUAGGGUUUCGCGCUUUUUUUCUUUUCCUUCGAUCUUCAAUUUUCUUUCGAGAUCUAGGGUUUAUGCUUCCAUUCCUCUCAUUUUUAUCCAAUUUUCGCUAAUUCAUGAAACCCUUUACCCUCUCUUUUAAUUGCUUCAUUUUCGAUUUGCAAUAAGAAUAAAGUUGCGAACCGAUUGAUUUCUUACUUGGGUGUUCGCAUUUUGAGGAAUUAUUCAUUGUUGUUUGGAUUCAUUUACUCAAAUGUGUUAGGAAAUGCUAUUGGGUAUUCAGUGAUGAAUGUAAUUGCACCUGGGAAGAAGGUAGAAAGAAGAGUGCUGUUAAUUGCUCAAUAAAGUUUAGAUUUUUUUGGUUUAGGGAGAAAAUUGUUAUCGAAUAAAACUGAAAUUGGCCAAUUGGGUAUGAGACAAGUGCACCCAUCGCUGGGUUUUAUCAUUUUUUGCGUUAAAAUUUGGAGGAUAAGACUUGAUUCCUGCUUCUGAGAAUUUUGGUUUUUGCUUAGAUUGUUGUGUCGUAGCUGAUAUGUGCAGUUGUUGGAAUUUCAUCUUAUGGCACCAACUGUUCCCAUAGAUUUUGCUGGACAAAAGGAAUCCAGAAAGUACUCUCAAUCACAAAUUAUGGGGAAAUCGAGAAAAUAUUCCAAAGGUUAUGCUACUGGUUUUGUUCCUGAGUUUCGUCAUGUGGUAGAGACUAUGGGUGAGUCGGAUGGGUUGGGUAGCUCGGGAAGGAUUGACAUGGAGCCGACUGCAUCGGCGGAUUCCUAUGCACCGAACAGGAAACAACUUGGGUUGAAAGGUGAUGACGGUUAUGGUAGUUUUGACAUUCCGUUUCAACUAUACUCAUUGUCUAAAAUGUCGGCUAUGGAGAGAAAGAAUUUGAAAUCGAGGUUGAUUUGGGAACUUGAACAAGUGAGAAAACUUCAGAAGAAAAUUGACAGUAUGAAUUCGAACAUUGUUGGAUUAUCUCCGUCGAGUGACAUAAGGAGCUGCAGUGUGGGACAGAAAAGGCCUCAGCUGGAGAGCCAACACAGUAUACUGCAAGCAUCGGUGCCACAUGGUAAGAAAAGACCCCUGCCAGGGCGUAGUGGUCCCAAGACAAAAAAAAGUAUGUCUGGACGUUUUGAAUAUCCAAAAACUGCUGCACCAAUGGCUUCAUAUGCUACAUUAAUGAAACAGUGUGAGAACUUACUUAACCGUUUGAUGUCUCAUCAAUUUGGUUGGGUUUUUAAUGAACCAGUCGAUGUUGUUAAAUUGAACAUUCCGGAUUAUUUCAAUGUCAUCAAACAUCCAAUGGAUUUGGGUACUGUGAAGAGUAGGAUAACAUCUGGUAAAUAUUCAAAUCCCAUGGAUUUUGCUGAUGAUGUGAGGCUGACUUUCAAAAACGCAAUGACUUAUAAUCCACCUGGCAAUGAUGUGCACGGCAUAGCAUUGGCACUUAGUAAAGCCUUUGAAAAAGGAUGGAAGUCCAUCGAGAAGAAAAUUCCUGUCAUUGAUCAUCGUGUCCCAUCUGAGCCUUCAAACCCUACUUAUGUAGAAACUGUAAUUUCUGACCCAAUUCCCCCCACAAAAAAGAAGAAAAUGACACCAAACGACACUUUUACCAAGCCAGAACCUGCUGAAAGAAUUAUGACUGACAUGGAGAAGCAGAAAUUGAGUCAACAGUUGGAGGAUAUGCUUGGAGACUUGCCUGAUUCCAUUCUGGAUUUCUUGAAAGAGCAAAGUCGCAUCGCAGGAGGGCAAACAAACGAUGAUGAAAUUGAGGUUGAUAUUGAUGCUCUUAGUGAUGAUACCCUGUUCAAAUUACGUAAGCUUCUUGAUGAUUAUUUGCUGGAGAAGCAACAAUUUCAGCCAAAAGCUGGACAGUGUGAAACAGAGCUUCUUAAUGAAUCAGGGUUUAGCAAUUCAUCAAUGCAACCUUCUAAAGGCAAUGAACUGGUUGAGGAGGACGUGGACAUCGUUGGUGGAAACGAUCCGCCUAAUUCAAAUUAUCCUCCACUAGAAAUCGAAAAAGAUGGAGUCAACAGAAACAGUAAAUGCAGUAGUUCAAGCAGCUCUAGUAGUGAAUCUGGCUCAUCAUCCAGUGGUUCGUAUUCAGAUUCAAGUAGUUCAUCUGGUAGUGAGUUAGAUACUGCUAAAGCGUCAGAACCUCUUAGUUCUAAGGAAAAUGUGGGACCUGGCUUGACUUACGAUCAAAACAGGGGGGAUCCUAGUAAUCCUGAAACUGGAAAUGAUUCAACUAACCUGGGUAUCCAGGCUGACCAGAGUUUGCAGACUAAGCCAGAUACUAUUGAAUCAGAGAGCCACCUAGAUGGGGAGGGUGUUGCGUCUAAGAGGCAAGUCUCUCCUGAAAAGCUCUACCGUCAAGCUUUACUAAGGAGCCGGUUUGCUGACACCAUACUGAAAGCUCAAGAGAAAGCCCUUGAAAAGGAUGAAAAACGUGACCCUGAAAAGCUUAGGAUUGAGCGAGAAGAACUUGAGAGGAGGCAGAAGGAAGAGAAAGCUCGAUUGCAAGCAGAGGCAAAAGCUGCAGAAGAGGCCCGGAGGAAAGCUGAAGCAGAAGCUGCAGCUGAAGCCAAAAGGAAGAGGGAGCUGGAGAGAGAAGCAGCCCGGCAGGCUUUGCAAAAUAUGGAGAAAACCGUUGAAAUCAACGAGAGCUGUCAAUUUUUGGAAGAUCUAGAAAUGUUGAGUGCUGUACAUGAUGAAAAGACACCAAGUUUCAAAGAGGAGGCAAGCCCAGAUGAUCAUCAAAAUGGAUUUGGUGGGAUCAAGCUGCAGGGAAAUCCCUUAGAGCAGUUAGGAUUGUACAUGAAGGUUGAUGACGAGGAUGAGGAGGAGGAACUGCCUCAGAGUGCUGCAGAGCCAUCAAAAGAUGUAGAAGAAGGAGAAAUUGAUUGAUGUUACCCCCCAUUAAUUGUUGAAUCAUUUGAACAAAUAUAUAUAAAGUGGUUCUGAGCAGUAGUUGCUGGAUUUAGUGACGCUGCUAUGGAUCGUGGAGUUUAAUCAAUAUUUGUAUGGUCGGAUACUGGCUCCACUCUUUAAGAAGUUUGAGGACGGGGUCGUAAAAACAUAGAAAAAGGGAAUGAAGUUUGGAUUUGGUUUUCUCCUUUCCGAUUGAAUUUGAUUUUAACAGGACUUGCCCAAUUUUGUCUGUAAAAAUGAACUCAUUAGCAACGAGUUCUGCACCUGAUCUUGAGUAGUUAACUUCACUCACAUUGUAAAAUAUUUUAGAUCUUAAGUAGAAAUUUAUUCUUUCUAUUUUUUCUUCUUCUUUGAA